AUGGGAUGCUGGAUUUUCAAUGAAAAACUCUCAGUGCUGUUAUUACUGGUGUGGCUGGGACUGAACUUCUAUUUGUUUAUUGAUACCUUCCACUGGUAUGAAGAUGACAACGCUUACAUUUAUACACGGAUUAUGCUGGGAUCAACCCUGGCUUGGGCAAGAGCUUCUGCAACGUGCCUUAAUUUUAACUGCAUGCUAAUCCUGUUACCAGUUUGUAGAAACCUUAUUUCAUUCUUAAGAGGAGCAAGCAUUCACUGUGGAGGAGCAUUGAGGAGACAGCUUGACAAAAACAUCACAUUUCACAAGAUGGUUGCCUAUGGAAUAGCGUUAAAUGCAACCAUCCAUAUUGUUGCCCACUCCAUCAACAUCGAGCGGUAUCAUUCCAGCCAGUCAAAAGAAGCUGGCGAGUUACGGAAUAAACUUUCUGGUCUUGGCAAGAGCCCAAAUGAAAGCUACUUGAACCCAAUCAGGACCUAUGAAACAAGCACAACAGGACAAUUACUAACCACAAUAGCUGGAAUAACUGGAGUUGUGAUAACGGUGGCUUUAAUUCUGAUCAUGACUUCGUCCACUGAGCUCAUCAGAAGGUCAUGCUAUGAGGUUUUCUGGUACACCCACCACCUCUUUGUGGUUUUCUUCACUGGUUUAAUAAUCCAUGGUAUGGGUCAGCUUGUCCGAGGUCAGACACCCCAGAGUCUGCUGCUUCACAAUGUCACCUACUGCAAAGAUCACUACUGGGAAUGGGAGAACGCCACUCAGUGCCCUUUGCCAGAGUUUUCUGGCAACAAACCUGUGGCUUGGAAGUGGCUUUUAAGUCCUGUGCUGUUGUACAUCUGUGAAAGAAUUGUUAGGUUUUGGAGAUUUCGACAGGAAGUUGUCAUUACUAAGGUGGUGACACAUUCCUCUGGAGUCCUUGAGCUCCACAUGAAGAAACAUGGCUUUAAAAUGGGAGCUGGCCAAUAUAUAUUUCUACAGUGCCCAUCUGUCUCACAGCUGGAGUGGCACCCUUUCACCCUCACCUCAGCUCCUGAGGAGGACUACUUCAGCGUCCACAUACGGCUCGUUGGGGAUUGGACUGCAGCCCUUUUCAAGGCCUUUGGAGCAGAGGAAAAAUCUUUGAAGGAAUUGUGGAUGUUACCAAGACUGGCUGUGGAUGGACCAUAUGGAUCUGCAACCACAGACAUCUUCCACUACCGAGUCAGUGUGUGCAUUGCAGCAGGAAUUGGAGUCACACCAUUUGCCUCUAUUUUAAAAUCCAUUUGGUACAAAUGCUGCAACCCUAACACAGUACUGGCACUGCAGAAGGUUUAUUUUUACUGGAUUUGUCGAGACCCAUCAGCAUUUGAGUGGUUUGCUGAUCUUCUGUUCCAUUUGGAAACAAAAAUGGGUGAAAAAUGGAAAAAUGAUUUUCUAAGCUAUCAUAUAUUUCUUACUGGCUGGGAUGAAAGUCAGGCUACUCACAUAGCCCUACAUUGUGAUGACAAGAUGGAUGUAAUUACUGGUUUGAGACAGAAAACCUGUUAUGGAAGGCCAAACUGGGACAAUGAGUUCAAGCAACUAGCUGAAAACCAUCCUAGCAACAGCAUUGGUGUAUUCUUCUGUGGACCCAAGGCGCUCUCUAAGAUCCUGCAGAAGACAUGCCACUCAUACUCAUCAGUUGAUCCAAGAGGAGUUCAGUUUCACUACAACAAAGAAAGUUUCUAGGCUGUACUUCUUAACUGUAUAAUAGAUAUUGCCAGGCUGUGUAUUUUUUUUCCAUCUUCUCCCAUCCUCUACUCUAUCUGCAACAUUCAGGCCAGAUAUUAAGAAUUAGAAAUUGAAAUAGGUGUAUUGACUUCAGUAAAAAAAUGCCAUCCUAUGCCAGCUAAAGAUUUGGACCCCUUCCUUAGCCUUUUCAUUGCUUACUUAAUGAUGCCAUGAAUCCCUCUACACCUGUGUGAAAACACACAAACUAUAACCUUUGAAGAAAAAGGCAUGAGUAAAAUGGACAUUUAGAACUGUACUUUGCUGUUGUGUAUGAUUGCAGGCAAUACAUCCCUGCUGUUUAAAUCAUGCCCAUUGAAAGCAUUUCCUUCCUGGUUUUCUGGUUUUAUACUCCCACUGCAUACACAUCUAUAUCUGCAUUACCUUUUGUGCCAAAGCAAUACUAUUUCUAUACACUCUGUCAAAUUCCAAAGGAGCAAAUUUGUUUUGCCCUACCAAGCUAUGCACAUUUAAAUUUGACAUUUCCAUGGGAAUGGUGUCUGUGUAUUCCAUGGACUAAUAUGUACUUAGGUUUAAUAGGCUAAGGGAAUUCUGGAAAUGUUUUGCACUCAGCAAAUAGAUCUCGUGAGACAUGCAACUGAAACUGUGGAAAAAAGUUUCUUGAUAGAAUGACUGAGGUGGGAGGCACCCCUAGCUUCUACUCCAAACCUCUCGCUCAGAGCUGAUUCUGUGAAGAGAGGACUGACAUUAGCAUUCUUCCAUCCCUCAGGAGCCUUCUCCCCAUCACCAUGACUAUGCAAAAAUAAAGAAUGGCAAGUUUGCUCAGCACUUGUGGAUGCAUCCCAUCAGUUUCCAUGGACUUGCUUAAAAUAUCCCUAACUGAUCUUCCUUGGUGGAGGGUAAGCAAGAAUUUUUUCAGAUCUUCCCCUUUGCCUGAGAAGCCAGGGAUCUCUGAAUGUCAGCCUUAUCUGUAAAGACUGAAGCAAAACAGGAAUUGAGUACCUCUACCUUUCUCCAUGGCCUUGGGCGCCAAGUUCCCCACCCCAUCCAGCAGCAAAACAACGUAUUUCUGGCCUUCCUUUUGCUACUGAUGCAUGCACAGCAGCUCUUCUCAUCCUUAACUUCCCUCACCAGAUUUAACUCCCAAUGGGCUUUGGCUUUCCUGACCCCAUCCCUGCACACUCAUUGUCUCUAUAUUCCCUGCAUCAUCUGUCCUUGCUUCCACGUCAUGUAUGCCUCCUUUGUGCUUCGGCUCUGUCAGAAGGGAGUUGUUGAACCAUAUGGAUCUCCUACCAUCUUUGGCUUAGUCCACGCAAGAGGGAUCAUAUUUGAACCUGUGGAAGGUGAUUCUUGAAAAUCCUCCAGUUCCCCUGGGGACCCCUCUUCUCUCUAGGACCACACUGCAUGGGAAACUUCUAGACAUUGAAUUCCUCCUGUGUCCCCUCCAUGCCAUGUGUCUUAGUGUACAUGCACUUCAGAAAGGCACCUAGUCAUGUGAAUUUUCCAAAAGAGGCGUUAGAUCUUUCCCCACCCUGCUUUUGUGUACGCGCUUUCUAGUUUGUGUGGAUACCUAGGAGUAGACCCCUUCUGCCCUGUUUUUGGUUGUGACAUCUCUCCUGUUCACAUCAACCUGUAUACUUUAUUUGGUGCUCCAGUCCACCACCUCCUCAUUAGACUGUUGGUCAUCCACUCCCUCCCCCUCACACAACAUUCCCAUAAGCUAAAAAAGGGAGAAAAAAUAUUUCCCUCUAUCCCAGCACAGAGAGUAAAAACGCUCCAUAUUUGAGCUGGACUGAGGUGUAACAGUUCACUAGCAUCACAAAAUGUAUUUAUCCAGCCACAUGAUAAAAAAGGGCUAUAGGAAAUAUCUUGCAUAUGUCAGCAUUUGAAUGACAAACAGAGGACAACAUUAUGUAUGUAUCCUUACACACAGACAAAAAAUACCUACUAGAUGGGACAUAACUGUAUAGACAAAAGAAACAGAACAAUAACAAUUAUACCGGAGAAGACUCCAAUAUUGCUUUAAAUGUCUUCUACUAGGGGCUAUGGCAUGUGUGAACUGAAAUUUUUUUACAAUAUACAGUUCUAUUAUUGUUGAGUUUAGGGCAACGCAUCUUUGUUUUAAAAUAGUUGAAGUUUUUUUAAAUGCCUGCCUAUGUGAAAUGAUUAAUGCAGAGCAUAGUGUGCUAGCAGUAGAGUGAGGAGAGAAUUAGAGCCUCUGCCAGUUCACCUAGAGGCAUUUAUCUUUUAUUUUUUCCCCUGGUGCCCAUGCUGAGCCUCAGGGUAAGCUGACACAUUUUCUAAUAUAAAUUAAGUUGUUUUUUUUUUUUAUGUGCGUUGAAAAUCUUGAAGGAAAUGAGAAAUGUGUGUAGGCACCAAUACCAGCUGCCAUUGCAUGAAAGAAAGAGGUGACAAUUUCCUGCAGAUUCUGAAUGAUUGUCUUAAUGGGGUUGGAUCGGAGGUAACAAGCACAAAGAUAUUGUGCUGCCAGAAAAACAGGAUCUGUUCUCCCCCCAGCCUCAUGCAACAAGAUGUAACAUUUAGCUUCUGGCUCAACAUGGCAUCUCUUCACUGCUUUGAUUUAUUCCCACUUUUGCAAAUCACUGUGGUAUGCUACAGGAGAUGCAUUUAGAGCCCUUGUUAUAGUUCAUUGAGUAGCACUGCUGUUAUCACCACCAGAGGAGAAUUUCUCUUGCAUCAAGACUGAGUGACCUAGAAUAAAGGAAAAAUAAUAAUAAUAAAAAAAAAAAGUGGGGAGGUUUCUUGGAUGAGGAUGAAACUGCAUUUAGGGUGAAUGAAAAUCCCUUUAUUGCAAAUACAAUUUGAAUCAAAAUGGGAACUAGGAAAAUUUGGCUUCCUGCCUUGUUUUGAAUAACACUGAGCACACAGCAGCUAUGAUAAUGUGAGUGCAUAUGUAACGACUCUAUUAUUAUGUUUAUAUAUGGAAACAUCAUUCACUGUCAGGGAAAAUGAAAGAUAUCUUCAUGGAUUUGUCCAUUCAGCUGCUUCAGCAGGAAGUGUUCAGCACUGUGUAGGAAAAUAUUAUUAAAUAAAAUAUAGUCAUAACAGCACAGACUCACCACAUCCUGUGACAGAAAACUAAUCAUAGACAAGGAUCAUAAAUAUACAGAUUAAUUACUUUGGCUCUUACAAUAAAAAGAGUGCUAUUAUAAUGAUUGAAGUUUUGUUAUGAUAAUUUAAGUUUAUUCACUAGGAAUUGUAAAUUGAAAUACAUGAGCUUAUAUGUUCUGGCUUUCCCCCCUCUCCCCCUUCUCCUAAGUUGUCUGUAGUAGAAAUUAUUUUAGUAAAUUUUUUUCCUUAGUUUACACCAAAAUAUUGAAGAUAAACUGUCACUCUUAACAGAAAAUCCAUCAUAGGAUGUCUGUGCCAUAUCAACACUAUUACAAGGGCUCUCCUGCUUCUUUCUUGCUUUUAGGUGUAAUCA